UUUUGAACUGACAACUGCGCUCUACUAACUACGCCUAAAGUCAGAAGAAGAUGUGGACCGAAAAUAGAGUUAAAUGUACGCAAAUGUUGAAAGUAUUAUCACACAUUUUGGGCUUAUAACUUAUACAACAGUGCUGAAUAUCUUUAAAGUAGGAAUAACCCUCAUUGAAGCGGAAUGGAUCACGGAAAGUUGAAGAGCCUGGCUCAUUGGGUGAACUCUGUGGGAGUGGGCAACUGUGUGGAGUCCCUACAACAGCUUCAGGAUGGAGCUCACUUUAUCAGUAUCGUCAAAAUCAUCAAUGGGGACAGUGGAACCCAGUUUUGUGACCAGCCUAAGCAGAGGUUUCGAUUGAUAACAUCAUUCCUACAGGAAUUUUAUCGGAUUUCACUGGAACGGCAUUUGGACCACGCCAAAAUCCUCCAGCAUGCCGACAUUUCAGAGCUGGCCAAGGUUGCGGCGUUGUUGCUGUGCGCUGCCAUUCAGGGACCCAAGUUGGAAUUCUUUGUGGACGCCAUCACCAAGCUGGACAUUGCAGUACAGACCCACCUCAAGGAGAUUAUUGAGGCAAUUGUAGCAAGAGGAAGUGGCAGUCAGCUCCAUACCAACUUUGACAGGGUCCUCUACAAGAAAUUGAAUGAAGAAGUGAGCACAUCAUCUCCCAUGGAGCCCUGCACUCCAAUGUUGACUGGCUGCAAAACACCACUGUCUGCUGCUGGAUUCUCCCCAGUCAAGGCUCUUUUCAGCACACCUAAUAUGGUAUCAAAGAUCAAAAAUCGCCAAAUGCAUGAUAAAGUUAGAGCGCUGGAGUCAAGCAUGGCUAGGGAGAAGGAUCUUAGACUGGAUCUAGAAGCAGAAAUCGUUGAGAAGAAUUCCGCCAUUGAUGAGAGGGAUGCCAAAGUGAAAGAAUUGACGCAGCGUGUAUCUGCCAUGAGGGACCUGGUGGGCAAAGUUAAUACAAUGCAAACAUCACAUGACCAACUGCAAGCAAGUCAAUUACAAGUAGCAAGAUUGGAGAAGAGGCUGGCUGAAAUGGAACCAAUCCGCUCCGAAAAUAAAACGCUGGAGUGUCAGGUCGAGAGGGUAGUCAACGAAAACAAUGAACUUCUGGCUAAGAUGCGGGACUAUCAAGCGCUGAAGGAGAAAAGCAACCACCGUAAAUCCAUCGCAACGGAAUCACAAAUGAAUCUGCGAGAAUAUCAGGACAAAGUUCUUCAGAUGAAAAAGGAAAAAGAGCUUAUGUUGGCCGCCCUCAAAGAGCGAGAAGCAGAGCUGGUCCAGCUGAAGGAAAUCGGCACUGAGCGCCAAGAGGUGAUAAAAGAACUUGAGGAGAAGCUGCAGCAACAACCAGUCUGGCAACAACCUGGAGGAGAGACUCUUAAUAUAGUCCCAGAGCGUCAACUUGAAGAGAUGAACACUGAACUACAAACACUGAAAGAAACAUGGAUACAACCCACAUUGCACCAGCAGGUUGAAAAUCAACUCCAGGCGGCUGUGGAGAAUAUGAGGGAGAUGAAAGAGACAUUCGAAAGAGUUCAAGUUGAAUAUGAAGAAAGGCUGACCACUGAGAGACAAAAUGCUAGAGAGCGCUUUGAAGAAUUGGAAACAUCUGCUUUGUGUAAGGUCAACUCCCUCCAAAAGAAUCUCCAACUACAGACAGAUAAAAACAUCAGCAUUGAGGAGAAAUUACAGGAGCACGCCCAACAAAUCAACGGUCUAUUGGAGGUCAAAAACCUCCUCACUCAAGAUAUCAGCAGCGCUCGUGCGGAGAUAAGUCAACAAUCUGAAGAUUUUACUAUCCUGCAGGAGGCAAUGAGUGACAAAGAGGAAGAGCUCAAGUCGGCCAAUACACAGCUUGAAAAGUUCAGAGAAAUUAUUGAGGAAUUGCAAGAGAGUAACAAGAUCUUGGUAGGGGAGGAAGAGCGUCUUAAAGAAGAGGUUGCAUCGGCCUGUGUCCUCAUGAAGCAUCAAGAAAAGAUCAAUGGUGGUCUGAAUGAGAGAAAAAAGUGUCUAGAAGAGGAAGCUGAGGACGCCCAGGCUAACGCCAAGCAGCAAGCUGAGUUUAUUACAUCUCUCCAGGCAUCAAAGGCAGAACUUGAGGGGAAGGUGACAUCAUCCUAUGAGAAGAUUGUGAGGUAUGAGGAAGUGAUACAGGAAGUUGAGCAGAGGAACAACGACUUGAAGAUAGAAGAGAGGCGGUUCUCGGAAGAGAUUGAGUCUGCUCAUCUACUCGCCAAUCAACAGAAAGACGCUCUGAGUAGUCUAAAUGAGGAAAAGAGACGUCUACAAGAAGAAGUCUGCAAUGCUCAAACUGAGGCUGAGAUGCAAGCUGUUACUCUACUGAGCCUCUCAGCCACAAAGACAGCAUUGGAAGAAGAGACCCUGUCAGCCAAUGCACAGAUCAAGAAGUUGGAAGGAAUAAUCAAAGACCUGCAGCAGAAGAAUGAGGAUUUAAUGGCAGAAGAAGGCCCCUUAACUGAAGAAAUUUCAUCUGCUCGUGUUUUCAUCAAACAGCAGGAAGAAAUCAUUAAUGCGCUCACUACAGCUAAGAAGGGUCUUGAGGAUGAAGUCACCAGCGCUCACGCUGAGGCCAAAAAGCAUUCAGAGAUCAUCACUGCUCUCCAAACAGCAAAGGCAGCAUUUGAAGAGGGAGCCACGUCAAAUAAUUCUCAGAUACAAAGAAGUACGGAGAUGAUUGUGGAGCUGCAGCACAGAAAUGAGGAUUUGAAGACACAGCAGGAGCGUCUUUCAGAGGAGGUUGCAUCUGCUCAUGUUCUGACAAAACAGCAGGAAGAAGUUAUUAGAAUUCUGAAUGAGAAAAAUACACAUCAAGAAGAUGAGGUCUCACGGAUUCGAAUUGAAGCUAAUCAGCAGUCCAAGGCUUACACCAUCCUUAAUGCAGCAAAAACAGCACUAGAAGAGGAGGUUAAGGUGAUCCAUGCACAGAGUCAGAAUUUCAAGGAAAUAAUCCAGGAGCUAGAAAAGAGGAAGGAAGACUUGAAGACCGAGAGAGGAUGCCUCACGGAGGAAGUUUCUUCUGCUCAGGAGAGAACAGAGAACCAAGAACAGAUCAUCACUGCUCUAAAUGAAGAAAAGAAGGCUCUUGAGAAUGCAAUCCUUGAUGCCCGUACUGAGAUCUCUCAUGCUCAAACUGAGUCUGAGCAGCAAGCUGUUACUUUACUGAGCCUAUCGGCAGCAAAGACAGCACUGGAAGAAGAGACCCUGUCAGCCAAUGCACAGAUCAAGAAGUUGGAAGGAAUAAUCAAAGACCUGCAGCAGAAGAAUGAGGAUUUAAUGGCAGAAGAAGGCCCCUUAACUGAAGAAAUUUCAUCUGCUCGUGUUUUCAUCAAGCAGCAGGAAGAAAUCAUAAAUGCGCUCACUACAGCUAAGAAGGGUCUUGAAGAUGAAGUCUCCAGCACCCACCUUGAGGCUGUUAAGCAAUCAGAGAUCAUCACUGCUCUCCAAACAGCAAAGGCAGCAUUUGAAGAGGAAGCCACGUCAAAUAAUUCUCAGAUCCAAAGAAGUACGGAGAUGAUUAUGGAACUGCAGCACAGAAACGAGGAUUUCAAGACACAGCAGGAGUGUCUCUCAGAGGAGGUUGCAUCUGCUCAUGUUCUGACAAAACAGCAGGAAGAAGUUAUUAGAAUUCUGAAUGAGAACAAGAAGCAAAUUGAGGAUGAGGUCUCAUGCCUUCAUGCUCAGGCUAAUCAGCAGUCCGAGGCUUACACCAUUCUUAAUGCAGCAAAAACAGCACUAGAAGAGGAGGUUAAGAUGACCCAUGCACAGAGCCAGAAUUUCAAGGAAAUAAUCCAGCAGCUAGAGAAGAGUAAUGAGGACUUAAAGACACAGCAAGAGCAUCUUUCAGAGGAGGUUGUGUCUGCUCAUGCUAUGACAAAACAGCAAGAAGAAGUUAUUAGUAUGCUUAGUGAGACCAAGAAGUAUCAAGAAGAUGAGGUCUCAUGUAUUCAAAUUGCAGCUAAUCAACAAUCUGAGGCUAACACCAUUCUUAAUGCAGCAAAAACAGCUUUAGAAGAAGAGGUUAAGGUGACCAAUGCACAGAGCCAGAAUUUCAAGGAAAUAAUCCAGGAGCUAAAGAAGAGGAAUGAAGACUUGAAGACCGAGAGAGGGAGCCUCACGGAGGAAGUUUCAUCUGCUCAGGAGAGGGCAGAACAGCAGCAAAAGAUCAUUAGUGCUCUAACUGAAGAAAAGAAGGUUCUAGAGAAUGCAAUCCUUGAUGCCCGCACUGGGGGUUCUAAGCAACUUGCGGCUCUUGCCAGCAUCCAGGCAGCAAAGACGGCUCUUGAGGAAGAAGCCACCUCAGCCAAUGCCCAGAUCCAGCGCUUCAAGGGGAUGAUCAAGGAGUUACUUCAGAGGAAUGAAGAGCUAAAGACGGAAGAAGGCCGCCUCACAGAAGAAGUUGCAUCUGCUCGCCAAUCUGCAAAAGAGCAGGAGAAACUUAUUAAUGUCUUCAAGAUGUCGCUUGAGAAUGAGCGUUGUGCUGAUAAGGAGAAAUUGGCAGAGACUAAGAUGAAAGCUAAAGAAAGGCAGCAGAUGUUGCAAGAUGAGAUCAAUAAGCAGAAAGAGCAGACGAUGAGGUUUGAAGAGACAGUCACCUCAAAGGAGGCCCUCUUGGAACAGAUCCAAACGCAGAUGGAGAUCCAACAACGUGUUCAUAGAGAAGAGGUCUCUCUCCUUAUGGAAGAAAAGAAGGAGGAAUGUGAACUCCUUCAGGCCAAGAUUCGUUUUGAGAAGGACAGUCACAGCAAAGAGAUAGACAUUCUGCAGGAAGAGCUUGACCAAACAAAGCAUCUCCUGUACCAGCAGCAGUCAUCUUCAAGGUAUGGUCUACCCCCAGCCCUUGAUCCCUUGCCUGUUGAUGUCAGCAUGCACAGCCUAGACAGUCUGGACGAUGGUGAGCUUAACCUGGCAGAGCUCGACACAGGCUCUAGGGCUAGUAUUGCGUCCAAUGCCUCAGGAGACAGCAUCCGAUCCACAGACAGUGCCAGAUGCAAGUAUACAAUUGAGAUACACAGCCGUCAGCACACACCAGUUAACGAGUCGCUAACCACAAGCCAAACGACCACAACGCACCUGUCCACCAGUCGACACUCCAUCACCUCCAAUCAGCUACACCUGUCUUCCCACAGUAACCUGUCCGAUAGUCUCAACUUGAGCCGCCUCGGACCGCUGUCUGUGUCUAGGGCCAGCACUGACCGUGGGGAUAACCUCCCCGAUCAGGUGUCGGAGACCAUUGAUGAGCUUAGUUGCAGUCAGAGCAAGACCAGGAAGAUUAGGGCUUCCAUGAGGCAAUCCCUUGUCAGCCGCAAGACAACAGGCCGUGGCCGUUUCUUCAUCGUAAAUAACUGCGAGGAGGAGCCUGAAGUCUUUGACUGGAACCGCUUGUCGGAGCUGCAGCGCAGGAACACCCUCUGUCUCCCCCACCUGCAGACGUCUUACCCGGUGGAGACGCAGACCAGACCCCCGCAAGAAAUCUCAGACGAUAGUCUGAAGCUGGGAGAAACCACAGAAGGGUCUGGUGGAGAGAUGAUGACGCGCUCAAUGCGCAAACGAAAGAGCGGAGAUCUGGAGCUUCCACCAGGGGGUGGGCCAACAAAGAUGAAAACAUCAAACUCUUACCAUGCCAUGCCACCUCCUCCCCCACCUGAUAUGAACAACAUGGCCAAGAGAUCAGUCUCCUUGCAGAAUAUGAAGUCCACAGCUGCUGGAUUAUCCUCAAGCUCCAGCCUCCAAAGCAAGCCACAGGAAAACAGCAGAGGAUUAACCAAGAAUAUCAGCAGCAGUAGCAUCAGCAGCAACACAAGCAUCCGCAGCAAAGCAAGCACCCACAGCACAGCGAGUAACAACAGCAGAACAACAACAAGUGGCAGUAACAGUAGAAUAGACCGAGCUGGCGUACUGCGAGCCAGCACAAAGUCCAACAAGAGGCAUGGGGCAGUUGAGCCGAGCACCAAGGCAGAAAAGCAGAACGACCCACGUCGAGAGAGCAUCGCCUUCAGUGUUGGCUUCUCCCCCAAACCCCAAGCCAGACGCCGCGCCUCCAGAAUGUCUUUAUCAAAGAAGGCAACCAACAGCCCUAAAGUACAGGCAGCUGCACCGGGAAUAACACCCAGCAAGAAAUCAUCCAGAAGGAGAUCUAUUGCUAAGUGGCUUGCCAAGUAGUCGUCCAUACGGGUCCAUCCUGCUCAUCAGUUUAUUACAAGGUUUUGUUAGGUUCAAAUAGUUGAUGAGGCGUUACCGUGAUAUCUGCUUAGCAUGGAAAACAUUUCCAAACUUUUGGAUAACGGUUUACACACUUUGUGACGCUCCAUGCUAAAACUUCGAAUGGGAUUGCACUAAUUCGAGAAGUGACUGUUUUUGCCAUGCUGCAUCACAAAUGAUAAGAGUUUAGUGUGUUCAUAAUUUCAUCCCGAUUGUAAAAACAUUGUUGUUGUUUUUUCGUGAAGUUUGUGAUUGCAUUUUUACAUGAGUUUAUUCCGAAUCAAAAGUAAUACCAUUGGAAUUUUGAUUGGUUAAAAUUCUCUGUUCGACCCCCCCCCCCUGUAAAUAGGUUCUUUUUAAGCUAGAUAUGACAGCAUUGUCUAUCGACUUGUACAUAUUGUGGUUGUGGGAUCUAUGCAAAUGGAACAUGAGAGAACAAGAAAGGGGACCAAUUAAUUUAUAAAUUCAAUCUCAAUUAUCAAUUAUGUUUCCAGUGAUUGUACAUAUUUUUUACUUUAAAAACAACAGAUAUGUUGAAUACAAACUACUUUUAAAAGCUUUGCUUUGAAGGACUGGUAUGAACCCUUUGCACUGGUGAUACACACGCGGCUACUGACUUUCGGUCUGGUUUGACUUUCAACUUGUAUGUAAAGAUAUGGUGAUGUUGAAAAUGCGCACAUGCCACAUUCAGUAUGACCACUACACAGUUGCGUACAGGGAAUCUAAAUGGUGCAACAAAUUUUAUUGAGGGGCUGGACAUAGGGGUCCCAGUUCACACGGCUUUUAUGCAUACAAAUUUGCUAAGCACUACAAACUCCUGCUUAGAAGGAGCUGGUUACCAGCCAAAAUUACAUAACUUUUACAAUGUUGCAACUGGCGACUUAUUUUUUGUUUAGCAAAGAAAUUUGCACAGCAUAAUUUUCUGCUAAACACCUUUAUGAAAUUGGUCCUGGGUGAAUUGGGUGCAGACUUGAAAGCAAGCUUUUGGGUUUAAAGUUGUUAUUUUGAAUUGUUUUGUCUGUAUGAUUUUCAGUGCAGUUUAUUCAGAGCAGCUUUUACAUUAAUUCAGGGUUUAGUAUGAAAGAAAAAUCUAGGUUGUUUACUUCACUUUUUUGUUCACGUUUUGAGGAUUACAGAGAAAUUUGUUUGGGCUUUUAAAUGCAUUUAUUCUGCAAAAAUCGAAUGAACUGACCAUUGUUUUAAGAGGUGAUUCGAGGCAAAUGUACUUUGUUUUAAUUGGUAAUAGUGGACAAAUAAAACAAUGGUUUGUUCAUGGUGGUGGUCAUAAGUUAUUUUUAGUUUUGUUUUGCCAAUAAUAAAACACAAACAUGUAAAUAGCAACAACAAAAAUCCUUGUUAAUUGUAAAUAAUAGAUUUUCUAUUGCACAAGUCAUUGAUUUGACGUACCAUGAGUUUGCCGUGGGGUUGAUUACUAAUACAUGCACUGACAUUGUUUGGGGCCAAGUCUUAGUUUCUUACAUUUAAAUGAUGCAUAGUUGAUGUGGACAAUCAAAGGUGAAAGGUGGUAUAUAAAUUGUGUGUACUGCGAGUAAUGUGCCAUUAAAUAAACAAAGUGAUUUUUAGACACUAGUUUUUCAGCAAAUUUGUCUUUUGUUUCUGUUUAGUAUGCAAUGAAUUUUGUACAGCUACUUAGGCAUACAAAAUUGAGCUAUACAGUAAUAUUACCUAAUUGAGGUGCCCUCUAUAAAGGAUAGAAAAUGUAUUAGUGACCUUUUCAUUUAAAGAACGAAACUGCAUGCCAGAUAUUCACUCUUGGUAUGUCAAAUUAGAACAGUCAGUACAUCGGACUCAAGUUAUGAUCGACAGAGUCUAUUGACGAUGUGACCUAUGUUUACAUUCAAACAGCCCUCUGUUGACAAAACACUGUAUACGUCAUGUU